CUUUCAUUGUUCUUUGACUCUCUCUCACACUUGCUUUUGAUUUAUCCAUUUGGCCCGUACUUUCUCUAUCUAUAUCUGUGCAAGUAACGUAGAUAGCUUAAUAAAUUUCUCUCUCUUGCUUCCUGCUUUUCUUGUUUCUGUCUUUCUCUUUUAUCUCAUCGCAAAACAAGUGUCUUUUCUUGUUCAGAACUCUCAACGAGGAAUCAACAAAAGGAGAGAGAGGGGAAUGUUUUUUUUUGGCUUAAAACCCCUGUAAAAUUAUUAUAAGGACGGUGCUUCUUUGAAGAUCACAUUGAUUUGUGAGUUCUUGCAAGGGCUCUGUUAGCUCUUGGCUUUUAUUGCGUAUUGCUUUUCAGCAAUGGCUGGUAGUAAUGAAGUCAACCUUAAUGAAUCUAGGAGGGUUGUUCCGCUUAAUACAUGGGUUCUCAUUUCCAAUUUCAAACUAGCUUACAAUCUCCUUAGACGACCUGAUGGAACGUUUAACCGGGAUUUAGCGGAGUUUCUUGACCGUAAAGUAGCAGCCAACAUCAUUCCUGUGGAUGGGGUUUACUCUUUUGAUCAUGUGGAUCGAACUACUGGUCUGCUUAAUAGAGUUUAUCAGCCUGCCCCAAAAAAUGAAGCUCAGUGGGGCAUUGAGGAGUUAGAAAAGCCCUUGAGCACCACCGAGAUUGUGCCUGUUAUUGUUUUCUUCCAUGGUGGAAGUUUUACACAUUCUUCUGCCAAUAGUGCCAUUUAUGACACUUUCUGCCGCCGCCUUGUUAACAUUUGCAAGGCUGUAGUGGUCUCGGUAAAUUAUCGUAGAUCACCGGAGUACAGAUAUCCGUGUGCAUAUGAUGAUGGUUGGACUGCUCUUAAGUGGGUUACAUCAAGAACCUGGCUUCGAAGUGGAAAAGAUUCUAAAGUUUAUGUCUAUUUGGCUGGAGAUAGCUCGGGCGGUAAUAUAGCUCACCAUGUAGCAGUUAGAGCAGCCGAAGCUGAACCCAAGAUUGAAGUACUGGGGAACAUUCUACUUCACCCAAUGUUUAGUGGAGAAAAGAGAACUGAAUCAGAGAAUAGAUUGGAUGGCAAAUACUUUGUUACAAUACAAGAUCGGAAUUGGUAUUGGAGGGCUUUUCUUCCUGAGGGAGAAGAUCGGGAUCAUCCGGCAUGUAACCCAUUUGGCCCUCGAGGCCAAAGCCUUCAAGGUCUUAAGUUUCCAAAAAGCCUUGUAGUUGUGGCUGGUUUGGAUCUUGUUCAGGACUGGCAAUUGGCAUAUGUUGAAGGGUUGAAGAAAGCUGGUCACGAUGUGAAACUCCUUUUCCUUGAAGAGGCCACAAUUGGGUUCUACUUCUUGCCAAAUAAUGAUCACUUUUAUUGCCUCAUGGAGGAGAUAAAGAAGUUUGUGAAUCCUAACUGUUAAUACUCUCGUUAACCUUAACUACAGGCAACCUUACAUAACAGAAGUUGGACAUUUCACUCGGGUUUUUUUAUCCUUUCGCAGUGAUGGUGUGUAGUUAUAAGAUUGUGUAUUACUUCAUACUGUGUUACCAUUUGUAGCGGUGGCAUAAGAGUUCUGCAUCUUUGGCAACUGGGUUUUCUUCUUGUGGAGAAGAGAGCUUAUGGUCUGCCAUUAGGAAAGGAACUCCAUCCAGGAACUACCAGUUUCAGUGGAUCAGAAUAUAGUUUACCCUUCUUAACUUCCAGCACAGAAAGUGUGGGGUACUAUUUGGUUGUUAAUCGAUUGGUUAUAGCAUUGCUUGUAAUUGUAAGCACUAAUAUCAAAACAUGAACUGGAAAAUCAUAUAUCCAUCUUGUUAUGGAUUUGUAUGUUAUACUUGUUUUACAGAAAUAUAUAAAGAAUUUUGUCUGUAGUA